CCUACUACUUUAUUAUUAUCAUACUGUGGCAUCACAUCAAAUUUUGGCAUUAAGAAAUAAAACCUUUAUAAAGUAUGCCAAAAGUACGCCGAAGCCGCAAGCCGCCCCCAGACGGAUGGGAGUUGAUAGAGCCCACACUCGAGGAGAUCGAGCAGAAGAUGCGCGAGGCCGAAACAGAACCACACGAGGGAAAACGCAUUUCGGAGUCCCUCUGGCCCAUAUUCAAGAUCCACCAUCAGAAGACGCGCUACAUCUACGACCUGUUCCACCGGCGCAAGGCCAUUAGCCGGGAGCUCUAUGACUACUGCCUCAAGGAGAAGAUCGCCGAUGGCAACCUGAUAGCCAAAUGGAAAAAGUCCGGCUACGAGAACCUCUGCUGCCUGCGAUGCAUACAGUCGCGCGACACAAACUUUGGCACCAACUGCAUCUGCCGUGUGCCCAAGUCCAAGCUCGAGGAGGGACGCAUUGUGGAGUGUGUGCAUUGCGGGUGCCGCGGAUGCUCGGGCUAAGGUGCGAGGAUGGCCUGGGACACGAAGUCCCUGCAGCUGCUGCGAGUGCCCAAAUCUCAGCUCGAGGAAGGACAUUCUUUUAGACAUAUGUAUCGAAAACAAUAGCCAAUAGCUAUACCCACAGAGCGACACAGCUCGCAGAGAGUUAAGAGAUUGUAAUGUACAAAAAUAAAGCAAAUUUAUAAUUAAAUAAAAAAUUAUAUGCGACUUAUCGAUUUCAAGUCUACCGUAAUUUAUCGCUUUCAAAUUUAUAAAUCAAAAUUAUUAAAUUUUCUUCAUUAUGUUUAUUAAAACGUUACAAUUUAAUUCUAUUACACUUUUGCUUAUAAACGAAAGAAACAAAUCAUUGUCAAUUGGUACACUCAUCAUAUUUUAUACAUCGUUUUCAUCGUGUCAUAUUCAACCGUCCUAUUAAACAACAAAACGCAAACACCAA